CCGCCUGAUGGCAUUGAAACGGAUGGGAAUUGUCAGUGACUAUGAGAGAAUCCGUACUUACACGGUGGCAAUCGUAGGUGUUGGUGGAGUUGGUAGUGUGACUGCUGAAAUGCUGACAAGAUGUGGCAUUGGUAAGUUACUGCUCUUUGACUAUGACAAGGUGGAACUGGCCAACAUGAAUCGACUUUUCUUCCAGCCUCAUCAAGCAGGACUGAGUAAAGUUCAAGCAGCAGAGUAUACCUUGAGGAACAUUAACCCUGAUGUUGUGUUUGAAGUUCACAACUACAAUAUCACCACGGUGGAACACUUUGAACACUUCAUGAGUAGAAUAAGUAAUGGUGGGUUAGAAGAAGGAAAACCUGUUGACCUGGUUCUUAGCUGUGUGGACAACUUUGAAGCUCGAAUGGCAAUAAAUACGGCUUGUAAUGAACUUGGUCAGACGUGGAUGGAGUCUGGGGUCAGUGAAAAUGCAGUUUCUGGGCACAUCCAGCUCAUGAUCCCCGGAGAGUCGGCUUGUUUUGCGUGUGCGCCACCACUUGUAGUUGCUUCAAAUAUUGAUGAAAAAACCCUGAAACGAGAAGGCGUCUGCGCGGCCAGUCUCCCCACCACCAUGGGAGUGGUUGCAGGGAUUUUGGUACAAAACGUAUUAAAGUUUCUGUUAAGUUUUGGCACCGUCAGUUUUUACCUUGGAUACAAUGCAAUGCAGGAUUUUUUUCCUACCAUGUCCAUGAAGCCAAACCCUCAGUGUGAUGACAGAAACUGCAGGAAGCAACAAGAAGAAUACAAGAAGAAGGCAGCGACACGGCCCACACAGGAGGCUGCGCCUAAGGAGGAGGAAGAGAUAAUACAUGAGGAUAACGAGUGGGGUAUUGAGUUGGUGUCUGAGGUUUCAGAAGAGGAACUGAAGAACUCUUCAGGUCCCAUUCCAGACUUACCUGAGGGAAUUACAGUGGCAUACACAGUCCCAAAGAAGAUAUCUCUGCGGUCGGCCUUGAGGUGCUGGGAAGUACUCAGUGUCAGCAUGGAGACAGGCACAGCUCAUUGGAAACUGUGAAAGUAGAGACUUCCAAAAGUCCACCGAUGCAUCAACAAGAGGAUUCGGUUUCUGAAGUAACAGUGGAAGAUUCUGGUGAAAGCUUGGAAGAUCUCAUGGCCAAGAUGAAGAACAUGUAGACAGUGGACUGGCAUUUGUUUCAUUUUCUGUGCUUAUUCUAUUCCCUUGGAAUUAAAAAAAAUCAGAACUAACAAAACUUAGGGCUGCCUUAACUGGUAUGUGAAUCAUUACUGAGUUGUCAUGCUGUAUGGAACACGUGGUUGCUUCUUGCUUCUCUCUACAACUGAAUCAGUAAUGCUCCUACAGAAAGGAGAGCAGAGCCAAUCCCAUUCAUAAUUUCCUGUUAGUUCCCUGUCUAUGGACUAAGGCCCUGGACUGUAAGUAGUACAGAGGGAGGGUGGGAUGUUUAGCCUGGCAGCUGUGGCCGUCAAGUGUCUGAGUGUCCAAAUGGCUUCCUACCAGUUACCCACUACUGCUAAUCUGACCAGGAGUGACUUUAGACAGUCAACCUAUACAAUAAAACAUCCCUUCUGAUGUUUCUCCAUGA